AAGGCAUCCCUCACAUUUUGAAAUAAAUAGCCUACUCCCAUAAAGUCUGAUUUUUGGCUUGAGCUUCCGCAAAACCCCGAAAACAAGACCACAAAUUUCCAACAAACGCUCAUUUUCUUGCGUUGAUUGCCUUCCCACCGCAUCCAAUCGACACACCAACUAGCUAAUAACCAUGGCUCGGCUAUUGUUGAUUGCCGCUCUGGCAGCAUGCUCCGUGUUAUCGGCAUCUGCCGUCAACCUUCGAACCAAGGUCGCCGAUACGGUGCGACAACUGGAAGCACCGACGGAGACGUUUGCGCCUACCAUGGAAUCCACGGCCGAAGAGAGCUUUGAUCCAUCGUUGUUGCAGGAAUUGUUGGAAUGGGAAAUGGGGGACGACGAUGGGGCCGAAAUGGACGAUCAACUUGCCGAUAUGGAUGACGAGCUUUUGGAGGAAGCAGAAGAGUUUCUGUUUGAUGAAGAUGAGGAAUACAAUGGCUGCUUUUGUGAAUGUAUGGAAGAACGUGACGCCAACUAUGCACCUGAGACUGUCAAGAUGUACGACGUGGCUAGCAAGGAUCCAAUGUGUGUCAGCGAUAUUGACAGUGUAGUCUUGAACAAGGAGGGUCUCGCCCUAUGCGAUGAUCAAUGCUUGUUGGAAGACUUGGAUUCACAGGAAGAAGAGGAUGCAAAGGAAGGGGAAGAAGACAACUAAAUAACGAUCAUCAAUCAAGAAUAACAAACACGCAUUCAAGGCGCACAGUCAUGGUGAUCUACUGAAUUGGAUCUGUUAAAACACCACAUAAAAUACACUAUAGAAAAUUUACUACGUGUAUC